AUGUCAAGAGAAGAAAUUGUGUACAAUGCCAAGCUUGCUGAGCAUGCAGAGCGCUAUGCAGACAUGAUAGCCUCCACUAAGCAGCUUAUCGAUGAAACUGGUGGUGCCCUUAACAACGAAGAACGUACCCUUUUCAGCGUCGCUUACAAGCAAGCUGUAGGUGAGCGCCGAAAUGCACUUCGCAUUUUAAACUCAUAUAAAGAAAAGCUCAGCUCUCGCGGUUCUGACCAUAUGGACGUCGUUGAUUAGAUUAGAUUAGAUUAAUUAGUUUAGUGGGUCAUGGAGGUUUAUUUCAGCCUCUACCCAGCGCUGCCAGCUUCAGGCUUGCGCCCUAUGCACCGGCUCUGUAGCUCACUCCAUUUUCUGUCGACGUCACCAAAAAAUGGUGACGUCGCCAUCUAACAGGGAGACUCACCCAAGUACUCCUUGAUCAGGGUCUAGUGACCCGGCGCCGUCCUUUCUGGGGAGGGUGAAAAGUAGCCUCCCGGAAUCUCCUUCAGGUCCCCUAAGCUCCACUACAAGCUUCCUCACUUUCCUUCUAGUCCUGAAGUUUGACUCCUGAUUAUGCGGCUCUGGUCUUCUUGUCUUUGUGAGAGGUAAAAAACCUUGUCGUGGUGUCCCGACCAAGGUAAAAAAAAAAACACCAUGGACACAAUAUCCAGGCCCCGUUUACUUCUUAACCCCGUAGUCCCUGAGGGUACAGGAGAAGGACGGGUCGGAUGGCUUGCCAUUUUAAUUGUGUCGGACGUCGUUGAAGAAUACAGGCAAAGAGUCAUAAAAGAGCUUCAUGACCUUUGUCUUGAGGUCUGUCACCUCAUUGAAGAAAAACUUAUUGCGAGGAAAGAAUCAGACGAAGUCGAAGUCUUCUAUUUGAAAAUGAAAGGAGAUUACUAUAGAUAUUUAAUAUAAAAUAAAUUGGCAAAACUGAUUCAAGAACUAAAAAACAUUUUUAAUAUUUAUUUAUAAAUAGUCUUGCUUUGCGAAAGGAUGGCGAAAUAGCUAUUAAUAAUUAAAUAUAGAUAUUUAGCUGAAUCUGGCGACGAAUCAGCUGUUCAAAACAGCCAUUCAGCUUAUGAAAGGGCUUCUGCAGCUGCUGCAAGCCUUCCAGCAAAUAAUCCAGUCAGACUCGGACUUGCACUCAAUUUUUCAGUUUUCUAUUAUGAAGCUAUGAAGGAGCAAGAAAAAGCUAUCAACCUUGCCAAGAAAACUUUUGAUGAGGCUCUGCCUACUUUGGAAGAACUUGACGAAAGGGCUUAUAAAGAGGCUACUUCAAUUUUGGGGCUGAUUAAGGACAACUUGACUAUUUGGACUAGCGAAGAGGAAUAA